AACUAAAAAAUCAGACGAGCACCCGAUAUAGCCAACCACGUAGUACCCCUCCAAAAGCUAGUCAAAUGUGAGCCAGUUCAUCAUCAUCAUCUCAUCAUUCCACACCACACGUGAUAGUGAAGAGACCGAGUGACCAUAAAAAUGUUUCUCAACCAUAUACAAGGGUCUCAACCAGUUUUACCGUUUCGGGGGCACAUUUGACGCGAAAUACCCAUCGUGAUACAAUUCCAUAUACAAACCAAACCAUACAAACUAAUACCAUGUGCCUGACAAAUCACAAAACAACAAUUAGGUGAAUAUACUUUUUUGGCGCAUUAUAUCUCGAUAUAAAAAGCAAUCGGUUCUAAGGGCGGUCAAAUACUAUACUGCCCUCCUAAAGAGUCAAAUAUAUCUCUAAUAGUAUCCACAAAUAAAACCAAUCUAUUUGAUUUAACAUCAUUGGCAAUGUAAAAAAAUAUGUUUUGCUCUUUGUCACACAUUGUUAGCAUAUGCAACAAACAGAAUAACAAGGUUGAUAAGAUUAUUUGUGCCAUAAAAUCAUUUUAUUUAUUAGUAAUAAAAUCUAACGUAUAAUUUGAAUCAAAAGAUUCAUUUGCUUGACAGUAACCACAUCAAAAUAUGGUUAUUAGAAAAAUUGUUAAGUGAAACUGUGUGGGUCAAACAUGGAACAUCAAAACAAGGAAUACAAAAGCUUUCUUGGUAAUGGAAGCUUGAAAAAUGGUAGCAGUGCACCAACAAGAGAACGGCAGAAAUCAGGAGAUAUUGGUCCAUCAUCUCCUGUUAAGGAAGGACAAGCAUUCACUUUUGAUAGGGUUCCUGAGAAAUUGUCUUAUCAGGUGUCUCAAGAGGAUGAGGAGCCCUAUUUUACCAAACCGGCAGAAAAUUAUAACAGACCAAGAGCCAAUACAGUAUCAGAAGGAACAACUCCAACUAGUACAACUACGACGUCCAGUAAAACACCAACUGUUUUUCGAUGGGAAGGAGGUGGAAGAGAUGUAAUGAUUAGCGGGACAUUUAGUAACUGGGAAACUAUACCGAUGGUAAAAAGUCAUGGUGAUUUUGUUACUAUAAUUGACUUACCAGAAGGGGAGCAUCAAUACCGUUAUUAUGUUGAUGGAGAGUGGAAGAAUGACCCUCACAGUAAAGUUGUGGAAAAUGAAUCCGGAGAAAAAAAAAAUUUGAUCACAGUAAAGCAGUCUGAUUUUGAGGUAUUUCAGGCAUUGGCCAAAGAUAGUGAAAAUGCAAAAGAUGACGCACAAAAGGAAUUUUCACAAGAUAUACCUGUCUAUAAACCUUGGGAAAAAAAUAGUGGCCCGCCAAUAUUGCCACCACAUCUCUUGCAAGUAAUUUUGAAUAAGGACACACCAUUGUCUUGCGAACCCACACUGCUUCCUGAACCAAAUCAUGUUAUGUUAAAUCAUCUGUAUGCUUUGUCAAUAAAAGAUGGUGUGAUGGUUCUAAGUGCAACACACAGGUACAGAAAAAAAUAUGUGACUACUUUGCUUUACAAACCAAUUUAAGUAUUGAAUGUAAGAAGUAUUAUUUGCUUAAUUAUAUGCUACAACUGUAUUGUGCAGUUUUAUGUUCUGAUUAAUAAAUUAAAAAUUUAUUAUGUUAAUCCUAAAAUGUACAGUAAAUUUUUAAGUAGAAAUUUCAAUAUUGUAGUGCUAU